AGGUGCACAUUUUGAUCAGAGAAAAAGAAGGAAUUGUGAGUAAUAAUGGCAGCCUCAGUUAUGGCAUCUUCAGUUAGCCUCAAGCCUUCUUUCAGAGUCGAGAGAUCGGGUGUGAGGGGUCUCCCGUCCCUUGCAAGGGCACCUUCUUCCUUCAAGGUUGAAGCCAGUGGCGGCAAGAAGAUCAAGACCGACAAGCCUUAUGGUAUCAACGGUGGUAUGAACUUGAGGGAUGGUGCUGAUGCCUCCGGAAGGAAGGGCAAGGGAAAGGGUGUUUACCAAUUCACUGACAAAUAUGGUGCUAACGUCGAUGGUUAUAGCCCUAUCUACAACACCAACGAUUGGUCUCCCAGUGGUGAUGUUUAUGUUGGCGGUACUACCGGACUGGCAAUCUGGGCCGUCACGCUCGCCGGAAUUCUGGCCGGAGGUGCACUUCUUGUUUACAACACAAGUGCUUUGGUACAGUAGAUUUCUCUACGGUUGUCGGAAUAUAGCCUGUCCAAUGUAAUUGUUCUAAUCGGAGAACCGAUCCAUGAAGUACUUUGCAUAUCUUUUAUGUAGAAUAUUUUGCCUUGGACUGAAUUGAGGUCUAUGUAUUUAUAACUUUUAAUUUGCUUUUCUGUUGUUUUUUCC